AAUUUUGACCGUUUGCCCUUAAAUUUUGCAAUGUCCAUCUCCUUAUCUUGUUGUUAUUGUCUGAAACCCGAACUCUGCAACCAUUUCACCCCAUUUUCGUAUAUCAAGCUUUCUCCAUUUUGAAAGGUAUGGUGCGAAUAUCGACUACUAAGAAAGAAGAGCGUGUUAGGCCGACUGCGUCUGCACGUCGACGUGGCUACAGACGUGCUACUUCUUCAGAGCAGCAAGUUGUGGGGGAGCCAUAUCAAGAUUUAAAGGAGGCCAUUUUGAAGGCUGUUCAGGAUGUAGGGGCUGAUGAUGCAGAUGUAGAUGGCUUUUCCGGUGGUCCCGUUGACACUCCUAUUCUUAAGACAUAUGCGGACCAUGUGGCUUGUCAACUUUGGGAUGAAGUGGAUCGAGGUGAGGACAUAACUGCCAUCAACAAGCAGCUCUCAAUUUUAACCAUAACAUCACCGCCGCCCACACUCUCUUCCAACGAGUCGCUUCAGGUGCUGCCACUUCCCACUCUUCCUUUGGAUCUCAUUUCAGAAAUAUUCUGUAGGCUUCCAGUGAAGUUACUCCUUCAACUUCGAUGUGUUUGCAAGUCGUGGAAUUCUCUAAUCUCUGAUCCCAAUUUCGCCAAGAAGCACCUUCACAUGUCAACCACGCGCCGCCUCCACUUCGUAAGCUACUCCAAUUUUGCCAAGAAGUACAUUUUCAGUUCUUACCCACUCCGAUCUGUUUUCUCCACAUUGUCCACUAACGUCAUCCAAUUCGAGUAUCAUCCUAUCAACCAUACUCCAAACAAUUCAUAUUACAUUGUUGGUUCUUGCAAUGGCAUCCUUUGUCUUGCCAAUUAUUAUGAUGAAUGCUUUGUUCUAUUGUGGAAUCCUUCCAUUAGAAAAUUCAAGGAAUUGCCCCCUUUUCAAAAGCCUGAUUUGAUUAGUCACUGUAGGAUGUCGUCAAGCUUUGGCUAUGAUCCUAUUAGUGAUAAUUACAAGGUGGUGGUUGUUUUAGUGUUUUGUGUACCUGAUAGUAGUGGUAAUCUUGUUGACAAAACUGAAGUUAAGGUUCAUACUUUGGGUACCAAUUUUUGGACAAGCAUUCACGAGUUUCCUUUUGGCGGUAUCCCUGUUGAGCUAUCGGGAAAAUUUGUGAGUGGCACGAUUAACUGGUUGGCUUCUAAAGUUUGGCCUAGGAAAAACCCGUGUUUUAUUGUUUCACUUGAUUUGAGGAAUGAGUCUUAUCAAGAGAUUUUGCAGCCCGAUUAUGGAGAGGUAAAUGUAAAUAAAUUGAGCUUGGGUGUAUUGAAAGAUUGCUUGUGUAUGAUUUCUGGUCAUGAUGUUUGGCUUAUGAAGGAAUAUGGAAAUAAAGAGUCUUGGAUUAAAUUGUUCACCGUUUCUAGGAUGUCUAAUGCCUUGACCAAGGCAAUAUAUAUUUUUAAGAAUGAUCAAGUGUUGCUUGAAUCUAUAGGAGCUUGGUAUAAGAAGUUGAUUGUUUAUGAUCCAAGGAGUGAUACCUUUAAGUUUAAAAAAAGGAGUGCUUAUAAUCCAAGUGAUAUUCCCCCAGAAGUUUGCGUUGAGAGUUUGUUAUCACCGUGGUCUUAAUGCUAGGAUUUACAUGUGGUGCUAUGUCACUUGGGCAUGAGAUUAAACUGCAACCUAUAUGUUAAUUUAUGUUAUUUAUUUUGUACUUGUUCCGAUUAUUUGUUACUAACAUACUUCAUGGAUAAUUGUUAAUUUAUGGUCAAUUGAAUCUACAACUUGAGAAA